CGCAACCGCCGUGCGCCGUAUCCUUUCCUCUGGCGCCUGUUGGCCCAAGGCUCGAGGGCCUUCGCUGUUGUGUUCGAGCGCUCUUUUAGUUUUAUUCCGGGUGGUCUAGUUCAGCUGCGGCUCUGAUGUCCCGGUACAUUGAGCAGCGCGUCGCCGACUUGGAGGAGAUGGUUCGGUUUCUUCAAGAGCAGCUGGCAGACAAGGCGAGCAUCGCGGACGUUUACAGCCGGCAGAAGAUCGACGAGCUCUUGGCUUGCAAAGCGAGCGGCGACGCCACCUACUCCAAGGAUGAGGUGAAUGAGCGCCUCGAUGGCAAGGCUGACACCACGAGUACCUACAACCACCAGCAGAUAUUGGAGCUCUUGGCUAGCAAGGCAGAUGCAGCUGACACCUACCGUCAACAGCAAAUUGACAGCCUCAUGUCGCAGAAAGCGAAUGUCGAGGACGUUCACACUCGACAUCAGAUUGAUGAGCGUCUGGCUGGCAAGGCAGAUGCAGCUGACACCUACCGCCAGCAGCAAGUUGACGAGCUCAUCUCUCACAAAGCGAGCGUCGAUGAUGUUUACACUCGGCAUCAGACGGAUGAGCGCCUGACUGGCAAGGCAGAUGCAGCGGACACCUAUAGUCAAUGCCAGAUUGACAACCUCUUAUCUCGCAAGGCGGAAGCCGAGAGCACGUACAACCACCAGCAAGUCUUGGAGCUCUUGGCCGGUAAGGCAGACGCAGGCGACACCUACCGUCAGCAGCAGGUUGACGAGCUCCUGUCCCACAAGGCGAGCGUCGAGGAUGUCUACACUCGGCAGCAGAUGGAUGAGCGCCUGCUUGCCAAAGCGGACGCGGCGACCAUCAAGCCGGCAGCAGGUGGAUGGGAUCGUGGCUCUGAAGGCCGAGUGGCUCGAAGGGCUCGUGGAUCUCAAGGCCGACUCUGCGAACACCUAUGACCAGCAGCAGGUCGACGAACUCUUGGCUUGCAAAGCCAACCGCGAGGACACGUGCGAUCGGCGGCACGUGGACGAGCUCCUGGCCGGCAAGGCGGAUGCAUCGAACACCUACGGCAAGCAGCACGUCGACGAGCUUCUGGGUCACAAGGCGAGCAGCAAUGACACCUACACCAAGCAGCAAGUGGACAUGCUUUUGACUGGCAAGGCAGACGCCGCUCACACCUGCAGCCAACAUGAGGUGACGACGCUGUUGGCUCACAAGGCAGACGCAGCGGACACAGCGGAAGCCCUGGCUCGCAAGGCGGACAUUGCGAACAUUUACAGCCAACAGCAUGUUGAUGACCUCUUGUCCCACAAAGCAGACGCAGCCAGCACCUAUAGUCAGAUGCAGAUCGAUCAGCGUUUUGCCGUCAAAGCGAACAGCGAGGACGUCUACACGCGUCAGCAGAUUGACGAGUAUUUGGCUGGCAAGGCAGAAGCAACUAAUACAUAUGACCAAAAGCAGGUGUUAGAGCUCCUGGGCCACAAGGCAGACGCUGCGAAUUCGUACAACCAGCAGGAGGUGGAUUGUCUCUUGGCUCGCAAGGCUGACUUGGCCUACACCUACAACAAGCAGGAGGUGGAGGAGCUCGUGGUGGACGAGGUGAACGCUGUGAACACCCACACCCUACAACAUAUCGACGAACGCCUAACUAGCAAACCGAGCUGUGAGGACGUCUACACUCGGGAGCAAGUGGACGAGCGCUUGGCCUGUAAGGCGGAUACGGUGAACACCUACAUGUUCUUGGCUCGCAAAGCCGAUGUGGCGAGCGUAUAUAGUCGGCAGGAGAUAGACGAAAUCAUAUCUCGCAGUGCCCAUGCUUCGAACGCCCUCAGUCGGCAGGACGUCGAGGACCUCUUGGCCGGCAAGGCGGACGUGGCGAAUGUUUACAGUCAGGCCCAGAUCGACAAGAGCUUGGCUCAGAAGGUGAGCUUCGAGGACGUCUACAGUCGACAUCAGGUGGACCAGCGCCUUGCUGGGAAGGUGGAUGCUGCGGACACAUACAACCAGCGUCAGGUGGACGAGCUCUUGGCUCGUAAGGCAGACGCUGCGAGCAGCUACAGCCAGAAGCAGGUGGAGGACCUCCUGGCCUGCGUGUCGGCCGCAGGGAGCACCUGCGAGCAGCGGCAGAUUGCCGAGCUGCCCGCUGCGAGGGAUUCUCGCGACCAGUCGCGCGAGGAUAUUGUUUGUUAUUCUAUCUCGCGCAACGGUCGUCAAUCGCCGCCCCCCCCGGGGUAAUGGUAACGAUCGUAUGUAGGGUGGGGGCCUAGACCCCCCCGCCCCACAUGCUGGUGCUCGCGCGCAGAUUACGGCGAUCGCGGCGCACUCCCGCCCCGACGUGCCCCACCCCGCCCAAGCGUUACCAUUCACCGAGUGCGAGCGAUACGAAUCACCGGGGGAUAAGACAUUUCGGGGGUCUGGCGGUGAGAAUCAGUUACCCGCCCCCCCCUCCCCCCAGGUAACGACCGUCCCAGAUUCCCGACGUCACAUUUUUUUCAGAACGUCGACCCCGAGAGGUCUUGACCCUUUCCGCGGGACCGGCUCGCCAUCCUGAGUCGUGUUUUCACGGCCCCGAGGCCCGGCCAAGGCCCCCCAGAGGCCGAGCAUGGCGCCGAUUUCCCGCCGUGUUUUUUUUAUGUUCCGAGGGGGCCUUGGGAUACCAGACCGUGUGAGCAAGCGCAAUCUCGAGGACCUCCUGCGCCGCCGCCGCGUGACGCCGCCCCCCACGCCCAGCAAGCUCGGAUCCCCGCGCCAGCCGCGGACCCCCAGCAGGGGCCCGUCUCCGCGCGGGCCCACGCCCGCCCGGGGCCGCACUCCCUGGCACGGCGGCCCCGCCGCCACGCCCAGCAGGGCCGGGACUCCGUGGCGCGGGGCCGGCCGGCUGCCAUGAUGCCCGGCGCGGGAACGCUCAAUUCAGAGGGGCUGCGAUGCAGCGAGGGCGCCGAGAGA